AUGGGGAGGUGGUGCCUUAGUGUUAUGCUUGUGCUCGCUUUAGUAGCAGUGCAAACCAAUGCUAGAGAUAUGCCUAGCGUAAAAACUACUCCUCCCAGUACCAAAAAUGCUCCCAGUGAUUCUGCUGUAAAUGACCAAAAGAACUUCCUCGGUUACGGUGGUCUUGGUGGCUUUGCUGGCCUUGGUGGUAAUGGGCUUCCAUUUGGUGGCGCUGGAGGACUCGGUGGAGCCAGUGGACUAGGUGGAGCUGGUGGUGGGCUAGGUGGUGGUGGUGGGCUAGAUGGCGGAAGUGGACUAGGUGGUCUUGGAGGCUUGGGUAGUGGAGUAGGUGGUCUGGGUGGCCUUGGUGGUGGUGUUGGCGGUGGUGCAGGAGGUGGAGCAGGUGGUGCUGUUGGUGGUGGAACUGGUGGUCUUCCUUACCCUUGA